AUGGGAAUCCCUAAUGUUUGGAAGGAACUAGAACCGCUGAAGCGUUCAGUGUCCCUUGUUGAAUUAGCUGUUAGAGAAGGGUUUUUAAGAAACGCACGAAAAAAUCGAACGCUAGUAGUGGGAAUUGAUGCAAGUGUCUGGAUUGUAGAAUGUCAAGCAGUGUUCUAUGUGCGUGGCCUGCACACACAAGCUGGUGAAAACCCAGAGCUUCGAACGCUCUUCUUCCGCCUGGCACAUCUCCUUCAUUAUCCGAUCACUCCAAUAUUUGUUUUUGAUGGACCCGAGCGACCAAACUGCAAAUGUGGCACCACAGUCAAGAAAAAGGACCACUCGGUUGUAAAGUAUUUAAUCAAGCUGAUCAAAGAUUUCCGUUAUAAAUUUCAUAUGGCCCCAGGGGAAGCAGAGGCAGAGCUCGCAGAACUCGAGAGACAUGGAAUCAUUGACUUCGCUAUUACAACAGAUAGCGACUACUUCCUUUUCGGUGGAACGCGGCUUAUCAGAAACCUCCACAUAAAGACACCCGGCGACGAUGAUGCUGAAAUUUACGUGACAAAGGACACUGCCGCUAUGGCAGCUGAUUACGAUACUGUCGGCCUGCCAGGAUGUGGGAUUGUCACGGCGGUUACGCUAUCGUCUACCCCUUUGGCUGCCGACUUGCUCGCAGCUGCGGAAGGCUCGACGGAAGCAGAGCUUGAGCUUUACAUUCCAGAGUGGCGAUCCCAGCUGCGGAAAACCUUGAUCACCAAUCCUAACGGUGACCUCCCAAACCAUCGCACUACCCUAGCAAGCAAAAUUCCUGACGACUUCCCAAAUCCUCACGUUGUUUACCUUUAUGCCCGCCCUGUUACAUCCUGGUCAAAAGGAGGCUGCGGCCCUCAAUUUGACAAUCUUCAACCUCAGUUCCCUGAUACAGAACAGCUUGCUUUCCAUUGCGAGCGCCUGUUUGGAUGGGGGACAACCAUUGUUGACAAGUUUCAGCGCUAUGUCUGGCCUGGCUACUGCAUCCGGACUUUUUCUCAAUCGUUAUUAACACCGUCAUCAAUCCGUCACAUCUACAAACAGGACAACAAGUUCAAAUCAAAUUCCGCCUUUGAAUCCUACGGCAUCGAAAUGUGGCUCAGACCUCUCCCUGUUGUUGCGCUGAGUGGUGCGCGACGAGCACUUGAGGAUGAAAAUGCUGUCGUGAAAGGUGAUGCGACCUGCACAAGCCUCGACGUCUGGGUACCUGGACCGAUCCUUCGAAAUGCAGCCCCAGCUGUCGUUGAUACAUUUCUCCGCAAUGCACCAUCAAGAAUGAAGAAGGCUACUGUUGCCACCGGUGUCUAUGUACCGCUUUUACCUGCAAUCCCCAACCCUACCCCCACGACUACCCCAGGCUCAAUCAUCUUUGACCAAGGCACUAGCAUGCAAAGCAGUUCAAAACUCGACAACGCGCUCUCAAAUGAGGUUAUUGAGCUUAGUGACACUAGUAGCUACCACUUUUAUGAUAAAAUACAGGCAAGUGCCUGCACACCGACAUCCACACUGCCUAAUGAAUUUAUGAAAUGA